CUUCGUUUGCAGACAACACUCGUCGUCCCAAGAUUUAAUGCACUGUCAGCCACGUCACGCUGCUGAAGCGUCGCUCACUUUGCCUCAGAUCGACACAUGCAGCCAUUGAUGGAUCUCCCUCCCACCACGUCUAUCUAACAGGUGGGCUGGUGGUUCGGAGGAAAUGAACCAUUUCCCCGGUUGGCACUUUGCGGCCCUCCUCCUCAGCCCGCUGCCUGUACGUCACCGCAUCAGCCUGUAAACCUGAGCAGCAACCAACACAUACACGCACGAAGAGGGAGGCGGGAGGAUGGAAUGAUCAGAUCUUAUAGUUGGAUUGCGUGUGACUGCAAAUCUUGCUCACCCUUCUCUCCGAUGGUGAUUCGGUGUGGGAUGCCUAUCAGGUCCAUGUCGGCAAACAUCACACCUGCACACACACAGACGCACCCACACACACAUGGCAGGCAGGCGUGAAAUUCUCUGUUCUGUUUGCCGGUCUUUCGUCGCGCCUACCCGGUCUCUCUUUACGAUCGUCCAGCAACACUUCAUACCCCUCGUCGACCAAGGCCUGGGAAACCGAGAAGUCAAGCGUAGUGUGGAGUUUGCCGUCAGUCAGAGGGGUGGAUGGGUUUGCUCACCUGCAUCAGCCGGUCUGCCUCCUCACGGACCGCGGCUGACUUGGCGUAAUUGAUCGGCACGAUGCCCACCUGCCGGUGGAGGGUCACUCAGACCAUGAGCAGUUCGCUGGCCAUCUUAUCACCUGGAAAGGUGCGAUUGCCUCCGGCCACAUGGUGCCCUUCUCAUCGUGGUGCUGCUCGAUGGCCGCUGCCACCACCCUGACACACACAGCACUCCAUGACACACGCCCCAGUACAUUAGUUCGUUCAGCUGCCUGACCUACCUGGUGAUCCCGAUGCCGUAGCACCCCAUGGCGAGUGUGACGGCUUUGCCGUUCUCGUCCAGCACUGUCGCCCCCAUUGGCUCGCUGUACUUGCGGCCCAACUGGAAGAUGUGACCCACCUCUAUCCCACGAACUAUUGACAACCUCCCCACACCGUCGGGACUACACACAGAGCACACAGCCACAACGGACAGACAGAGCAUUGCAAUGCGCCGCCCUUGCUUCCAUGAACCUCGGGUCUCCGUCCACGACGUUCCUCAGGUCUGCGACGGCAGCAGGCAUCGGGCAGUCGCGGCCCCAGUGGACGUGUCGGUAGUGCCGCCCCUCCUGGUUGGCGCCACACACAAAGUCGCACAGAGGGGUGGCACUAGCAUCCACAACCACAGGCACGUCUGGCGGCAGGUCGACUGGACCGACGUAGCCCGCGGGAAGGCCGCUACCUGGUCGAGCAUGGUUCAUGGCAGACAGAUAGUUGAAAAGCCGUCACGUGUCUGUGUGGUCUGAGUAUGUCCGUCUUGUCUUACUUGCCAGUGUGGCUGCGUUUGCCAGGGUGAGUGGCGACUUGACGAGGUCAAGCUUCCCCGCCUUGACCUCGUUCAGGUCAUGGUCGCCCCUGAUCCCCACACACAAGGAAGGACACGUAAAGAUCAACAUGACAUUCUGGCUGUCUCUCUCUCUGUGUGUGCGUGUGUGCAUACCUGAGGAAGAGCGCGACGACAGGAUGGUCAUCACUCGCACCCUCCACCAGCACCCCCUGACAGCACAAGCAAUGAGGCAAUGCCCAUGGCCACGACACAUUUCUCUGAUGAGGGACGGACCUUCAGUAUGUUGUGUGUCGGCACAUCCAGCAAAGCUGCAACUUCCUCGAUCGAAGUCGCACCCGGCGUCUCGACAGACUCAAUAGCCUGCAGAGGGAUGCCCAAGCGAACAGACAAGCAGUGCCUGGUAUGUUGUGCAAUCGUGUGUUUGCAUGCCCCACCCACCUGGUCCCCAUCUGAUGGUGCUGCGGGUGAUGGGUCAUGUGGUGGAAGCGCCUCAGCGAACUCUAUGUUGGCAGCGAAGGGGCCGCUGUCACUGAUGGGAGGCAUGAUUGAACGAACACACACGCGACGCGUUGGUUGGUUGGUCGGUCGUGAGUGUCAUGUAUGCGGCAAGCCUUACCUGACGGCGAUGGCGUCUUCGCCCGACUCGGCCAGCACCUGGAACUCAUGUGACACACUCCCACCGAUCGCUCCUGCAACCACACACAACGCAAAGACACACACAUCAUGUGCACGCCAACCAUGGCUGCCGUGCCCUACCAACCUGAGUCCGCCUGCACAGCCCUGAAGUCGAGCCCCAGCCGAGUGAAGAUGCGGUUGUAUGUCGUGUGCAUCGCCUGCACAGACGGACAGGCAGACCCUUUUCCGAACAGCCGUCACAUCACGCCUUCUCGUUUCUUGCUCACAUCGUAUGUUUCGCUGAGCGAGCCGUCGUCGAUGUGAAACGAGUAUGCGUCCUGCACACAAGGAGGGUAUCUGCCGGCGCAUGUGUGUGCUGUACGUCACCACGUGUCAUCUGACCUUCAUGAUGAACUCCCUCGCUCGCAUGACGCCAAACCGAGGCCGAAUCUCGUCACGGAACUUGGUCUGCACGAGGAGCACGGCACCACACGUGAGCUCUGGUUAGCAGAAUUUCUCCUCUCCCGACCUGUAUUUGGUAUAGGUUCAUGGGCAGCUGCUUGUAGCUGGACACGUCCCGACGAACCAGCUCCGUGAUGACCUCCUCGUGGGUCGGCCUGAGAGCAAGAAAGGGGAAAAUGGGCUACCCCUCCCUCCCUCCCUCCCUCCCUCCCUCCCCCUCUAUCAAUCUUGCUCUGGCUGGCUGGUUGCAGUCACCCGAGGGCAAAUUCUGCCUGGUGUCUGUCUUUGACCCUCAUGAGCUCUGGCCCGUAUUCGCUCCAGCGACCGCUCUCCUCCCACAACCGACUCGGCUGACCAAACGCAGACACAGACACCCGCAUUGACAGGUGGACAAAGGCGCGCUUGACAACUGUAGAUUCGACUGAUGCGUACCUGCACAACCGGCAGGAAGGCCUCCAGCGCCCCUGACCUGCACACAUGGAUGGAGGCCACACACAGGCACGUCACGUCGCCGUGUCGCAUACGGCCGUACUCUCGUGACCUAUUUACCUGUCCAUCUCUUCUCUGACGAUCCGCGUCACCUUCUGCACGACACGCCAACCCAGCGGCAGCCACGAGUACACACCUGCAGACAUCAAGCCAACAGAAGAAAUACAACAUUUUGCUUCUGACGGCGGUCAGGUUGCCGCUGUAGUUACCCGAUGCGAGCCUCCUGAUCAUUCCUGCCUUGAUCAUCAGCCUGUGGCUGGCUAUCUCGGCAUCGGCGGGGUCCUCCUUGAGCGUGUGCAGGGGAUACCCACUCGUCCGCCAACCCUAGCAGCAGAUCAGAGAACAACAUCCACUCAGGGUCAUCCCCCAUGUGUUGUGCUGAGGGCAGGGCUACCUUUCCAUUUGCAGAGGGGCUGCUUGGCUGGUCCGUCCUGGAUGCCGCAGCUUCCUCUUCCGCAACAGCCGAGGACACAACGUCCUGAUUCACCGCAACAGAGCUGAGCCUCCCCUCACUCCGAGAAGCCUUCCGUGCCCUCCUCUUGACGCUGGGCCACCAUGCACUGCCCCGAAGCGACGACAGGCCAUCGGAGGGCUGGAUGUAGCCCAGGCGGAGAAGCGAUGAGUGGAUGGAGGAGGGCAGAUCGAGGGAGAUCUGCAGCGCUGAUGCGACGAAGGCGACCAACAGGAUGAGGAGGUGCUGCAGCCGCCGCCUUUGAUGAGUCAUCAGGCCUCAGAUCUCCCAAUUCGUUGCCGAAAACAGUGUCAGUCGAUGCCAGCCUGCAGAAAAGAGAGAAUAAGUUGCACACGUUGUGUGUACAUGCAAGGCAGUUUUGUGUGUGCUGUGUCCUUCUCCUUGCCUUUCCUCUCCCU